AUGCAUUUCCCCGCCACUGCCCUCAUUGCCCUCUCCUCCCUCAGCCUGACUUCGGCUGCUCCAUUCGCAGGGCCCGAGGAGGACCUGUAUGGUCGCUCAGUCAGCUACGAGGUUGUCAAUGUGGGCGGCGAGUCCAGCUCCGCUGCUCCUGAGAUCGAUACUGUGACCGAGACUAUCAAGUCUGUUGUGACUACUCCCGGCGCUGCGCCCGUGCCCGUCACCGUCACCGUCAUUGCCACGCCAUCCAGCAUCCCUUUCUCGUCUGCCACUCCUAGCUCCACUCCUCAUGGUUCUUCUUUCUUCCCUCCCGGCUCGGGCUUCCUCCGCCGCGGUCUGAACUCUGCUGGUGACCCCUACUACAUCGCCCGCAGCUACAGCUCCUCUAGCUCGGCGGCCGCUUCCAGUAAUUGGAGCCCUGUGCCAACUCCUACUCUCGCUGCCCGCGGCGACUACGGCUGGUACACCGUUACUGUGUCUCCUACCCCUUCAUCCUCGAGCGUGAGUAUGUCUACUCCUCUCGUGGCUCGCCAGUUCGGCGGCUGGAAAUCUAGUGUUCCUGCCUUCUCCUCGGCCACCCCCUCCAGCAUGAGUGCACCCGUCUCAGCUACACCCCUCGUUGCUCGCGAGUGGCCCGUCUCCUCGUCCAGCGUGUCUGCCGGGCCCAGUAUCUCCUGUGUCAAGCGUCAGGCUGCCCCCUCCUCCAGCACUCCUCUCGUUGCUCGCGAGUGGACCGCUUCAACCUCCUCCAGUGCUGCCUGGAGCUUCACUCCCAGUUCUACUCCCCUAGCUCGCCGCGCCAUCCGUGAGCAGGCUUGGUCCAGUGCCUCCUCGGCCCCGAGCCCCAGCUACUCCCUCUCGCCCUCGCCUUCGGCCACUAACCUGCCUUACUAA